AUAAAGAUAGAAUGAUGUUUCAAAACAUCUGCAGUAAGACUUUGACCGCAUUUGUAGUGACGCGCAAUUAGAGAACAAUGAAAUCCAACAUAAAAACUCUUAAAGCAUUUGAAAAUAAUUUAGUGCACGACAAGUUAACAAAGUUUAACAUUUUACUUCUACGAAAGUAAAAGAUAUAUAGUAUCAGCACGAUGGAGAAUGUGAAGAACAAAACUGCAAUGAUUACGGGAGGAGCUACCGGAUUAGGCUACAAAUAUGCUGAAAUAUUGCUAAAAUAUGGUGCAAGAAGUGUUGCUAUAAUUGAUUUGCCAACAUCAAACGGUCAAAAUGCAGCGACUACGUUGGAAAAUGAAUUUGGAAAAGGUCGUGUUAUUUUUGUUGCAGCUGAUGUAACCGAUAAUUUGGAAACAGCAUUUAAAACAGUCAUCGAUAAGUUUAAAACACUUGAUAUUCUUAUUAACAACGCUGGUAUCAUGAACGAACAUCUCAUAGAGAAAACUAUUAAUAUCAAUGUGACUGCAUUGAUUCGCAGCUCUUUUUUGGCUCUCGACCAUAUGGGAAAGCAUAAGAGCGGCAAUGGUGGUGUAAUCGUAAAUAUUUCAUCUAUAUUUGGAUUGUCGACGAAUGGUUGCCUACCGGUAUAUUGCGGCUCGAAAUACGCUGUUCUCGGAUUUAGCCAGGCUUUGGCUGAAUUAUACGACACUACCGGAGUGCGAAUUCUUAUAAUGUGUCCAGGUAUUACACAGACAGCUAUAAUCGAGAAUACCGAACACAGAAUUUGUAAUAUCGCAAAUACUACUUCAGCGCAAUCAUUAUAUACGUUACCAACACAAACAACUGAUAACACAGCAUCUGCAAUGUUAAAUCUUAUCCAAAAAGGUAAAAAUGGUGCGGUUUGGGUUAGCGAAAACCGUCAACCACCAUAUGCUGUGGAUUUUCCUCAUUAUUCUAAGCGAUCUUUGCCUGUAUAAAACUGUGAUAUCUUGCUUUAUUCUUUCAUUUAGUCGAGGGUUCUAAUGUAUACAUACAAAUGGCAUAUAUAUAUAUAUAUAUACACAUAAGAAUAGACAUGUGCAAUUAAAUAAAAAAUAAAAAGGUGGUAGUUAA